UCAAAUCCGGAAAUGAUUCUUCCAUCCAAAGCGAAAAUGAAUUUCAAGUUUUAUUUCAGCAUUUAUAUCGUUAUUGCGUUAAUGUCAUGUGAUACAAACUGUAUAAGCGUAAGGAUUGAUACGAGUAAAAUACAUUCCACUGUUAAUCCAAAGUUCGUUAAUGUUGCAGUAGACUCCGGAUUAGUUAAACACCAUUGGGAAAAUUUUCAAUGGAAUUCCACAAGGGUGAUAACUUUAGCUGCAGGUUUAGCUCCAAGUUUUAUGAGAAUGGGAGGCACAGGGGCAGAUUUUCUCAUUUUCAAAAAUGACAAACUGUCCACUAGCCAAGGCCAUAGAUAUGAUACCCAAGUUAAGAAAACACAACAAUGGCUGACCAAGAAUACAAGAGAAAUUGUUCAGGAGAUUGGUAUAAAGGGAAGGACAAAAAGAGAUGUGGUCCAUAAUGAUGAACCUUUGGUCAACUUUACUAUGACUGCAUCAUUUUAUGACCAAGUACACAAGUUUGUAUCAAGCGCUGGUUGGGAUCUCAUCUUUGACUUGAACUCGUUACUACGGAAACCAGAUGGUGUUUGGGAUUCAACCAAUGCUAUAGAACUCAUCAAUUACACCGUCCAGUCAGGUUAUAAGAUGGGAGGCUGGGAGUUGGGCAAUGAACCAGACGAGUAUACAGGUGCGGUGAUAAAACAUAAACUUGUUCCUCCAGAGCAACUGGCGAAAGACUAUGCUCAUCUACGGGAACUCGUUAGACGUCACCCUUCCUUUCGCAAUUGUGUGUUAAUGGGCCCUGCCCUAGCUUCUAUGACUGAUUACAUAAAAAAAGGAUUUUUCUACAGCUUUGAAUGUGAACCGGACGAGUAUACAAAUUAUAUCAUAAAACAUAAACUUGUACCUCCGGAGCAACUGGCGAAAGACUUUGCUCAUCUCAAAGAAAUAGUAAGAAGUCACCCUUCCUUCCGCAAUUGUGUGAUAAUGGGUCCCUCCAUAGCAGCCAUGAGUGUUUAUUGGAGAAAAGGAUUUUUCUACAGCUUCAUGAGUGCUGGGGGAGGGGAUGCAGUGACAGCAGCAACAUUUCAUCAGUAUUAUGAAGAUGGGGCAAUAGCUAAAUUGGAAGAUUUCUACAACCCUGAUGUCCUCAAUAUCCUAUAUGGAGAGAUUCAAACUGGGGUGAACCUGACUAGGGCAGCUGGCUCUACUGCCAAUGUGUGGCUAGGGGAAACUAGCUCAGCAUGGAGGGGUGGUGCCAAAGGGCUGUCAGACAGAUAUGUAGCUGCAUUUAUGUGGUUGGACAAGUUAGGGAUGUCAGCAAGGGACGGUAUAAAUGCUCUCAUCAGACAGACAUUCUAUGGAGGCAAUUACUCACUACUAGACCAUGAAACAUGCGAUCCUCAUCCUGACUAUUGGUUGACCCUGUUGUAUAAACUUCUUGUUGGUAACAAAGUGUUGAGAGUGACUUCCCCUGACAGUAGAGGGAAAAUUAGAGCAUAUGCUCACUGUACACAAACUACAAAAUCUCCCAAAGACUUUGCUAAAAAACACACAGGGGGCAUGUUUAAAUUUUCCCUCCCAGGAGGAAAUAGUAUAUUAUCUAAGCAUGUAAAACUUAAUGGAGAGAAGCUACAAAUGGUUGAUGAUAAAACAUUGCCAAAUUUACUACGUCCUGUGAAAACCACGUCUCAAGUUUCCAUUCCAGCCAUGUCAUAUAGUUUCAUUGUCUUACCAGAUGCUCAGCUACCUGUGUGCAUGUAAACAGUGAACCAACCUCCUGAUACUUGUAAAUGUUGACUUCUCAAAUUGCUAGAGGUGAUAUUGACUGGACAAUGUCCCAUUAUAAAUAUUAACUUGUCUAUGUCAAUAU